UUGAUCUCAAUGCAUUCAUAUCAUUACGGACAACGUAAACUACCGACUGACAGGUGUGAUUCUGUACAGUAGACAAGUUGCAGAAAUGGACAGAACAUAUCCUUCUUCACGUUGUUGAGGGCUGCAACUACUAGACUCGGAAAUUAAUGGAAUAAAGUGAGAGACACGUCGCGUGCCAAAAUGAACGUUUACUCUCACACCUGGAGGAUAUUACAGAUAUUUCUAGCGACGAUCGUCACAGUUUUCACGCAAGAGUCGGACAGUCCGGAGCUAUCAGAGAACACCAAGAAUCCCGGGCAAUUUCCGGUCUUCCUCCCCGUCAACUACCAGGCGGAUGCUGACUACUUCCUGCUAAAGGAGGCCAAUCAGGACAUCAUGAGGAACUCCAGCAUGCAGACACACACGCAGCCCUUCGUCAUCCUCCGAGCCAGCCGCCCGCCCGUCGUGAACGCCAGCCACGGGCCUCUGUCCACAGAGCAGCCCGUGACCCUGGACCUGGUGCGUUCCGUGCAGCUCUUCCGAGCCCCGGGGGUGUUCACCUACAACUGGAAGGUGCAGUCGUUUGUGCUGACCCCCAGGGUCUACUCCUCCGUGCCCAGGGUGCGAGUGUUGUUCUACGUAGCUGGGAGGGACUGGGACAGGGGAGCGGAGGGGCUCCUGGACGAGCUGCCCUGUGUGAUGGUCUACGCUUUCUGGCAGACUCAGGAGGUGAGGGGCUCCUGUGCCAUGGGGGGCCAGAGGGGCACCUGCAUGGCCGAGCUGGAGCCAGCGUCCGGCUGGUUCAACCCUGGGGCGGGCAGCUCCAGCCGGGAGAGACUUGACCCGUCGGAGGGCAACAUAGUGGAGCUCUACUACCAGGCUCGGCCCGGGGCUUCUGGGAAGUGUAGUUCUGGGGACGGUGGCCGCUGGGGAAGUUUUGAGCAGCAGGCCCAGGCGGACUACAUCCCCGUCACCCCCAUGCAGAGGAUUGGGAGUGUGCGCCUCCUGCAGGUGCCUAAGGGUGCUGCGUCCCUGUCCCGCCUUAAACUGGGCAAUGCCAUCGUCAUCCAGACGUCUUCUAAACCAUUGAAGAAGACCGAUAUCGCCACGUUUUACAUCCUCAUGGCCAGCUCUUCCUCUCUGGAGAACUUCACCCUUAGAGCCAUGGUGAAGAAAGGGGUGUCAUUGCGCACGGCGACUCCCAGCAACUCUCUACUGUGGGACAUCACGCUGGACAUGGGGGCGGACGGCACCAUCGCUGUGGUCUGUCAGAGGAAGUCUGACAUACCGGGGAAAAAGCUGGACUCCAGUCUGAUGGAGGUUCUCCAGAUGGACUUUGAGGUGGAGGAGCUGAGCAGCCCGCUGGACAACCAGGUGAUCAGCUGGAGGCUGGAGCUCCCGACCUACGUCCGGGACGCAGGGAAGACGGAGGGGGUCAUGAGGAUCUACACCACCCAGAGGGACUUUGUGGGUCUGGCUCCUCUGGUGAUGGACACAGAGAUCCUGAACACGGCCCUGUUGACGGGCAAGAAGGUGGUGAUGCCAGUGAGGACCGUGGCUGUCGAGGAGGACGGGGCCGUCACCGACGUCUCGGACUUCACCGACUGCAACUCCACCGAUGAAGACAUCUUGAAGGUGUCGGACAGGUGUGACUACGUGUUUGUGAACGGGAAGGAGAUGAAGGGCAAGGUGAGGAUGAAGGUGAACUUCACCUACAGCUACCUGAGCGCCCAGCUGGAGAUGAACGUGUGGAUCCCGCGCCUGCCGCUCCAGAUCGAGGUGUCGGACACGGAGCUCAGCCAGAUCAAGGGCUGGAGGGUGCCCAUUACCACAGCCAAGAGGCUCAGCUGGAACAGUGACGAGGAGGAGGACAGGAAGGGGAGGGGCUGCAUGCUCCAGUUCCAGCAUGCCCUGCUGCGUGUGCUCACACACUUUACAGCGGAGCAGGCCGACCCCCGCGACCCCCAGGCCUACCUGCUGGGCUCGGACUGGCAGGUAGACGUCACCAAGCUGGUGCGCUACUUCCUGAAGGUGGAAGACCCUCGCAUCGCCAGGCUGCAUGCCGGAAGGGUUUUGUCUGGACGGGAUAUCGGGACCACCUCCAUCCAGGUGCUGUCCCCCCUGUCCGACUCCAUCCUGGCCAAGAGGAGCAUCUCUGUGGUGGAUGACAAAGUGACCAUCACAGAGCUGGGUGUGCAGCUGGUCACUGGCCUCUCCCUGUCCCUGCAGCUGAGCACGGGCAGCAACAGGGCCAUCCUCGCCACGGCGACCACACAGGAAGUGCUGCGGAGCCCCAAACAGGAAGCUGUGGUGAGUACCUGGAUCCAGUUCAGUGAUGGCUCCCUCACCCCUUUGGAUAUCUAUGACCCCAGCUCCUUAAAAGUGACGGUAAUGUCCCUGGAUGAGGGGGUGGUCCUGGUGCAGGGGACCCCCCCAGCUGUGGUGGCGGUGGGGGAAGGGCAGGGGGUGCUGGUCAGGGUGGAGCUGGCCAUCUGCGAAGCCUGUCAAAAGUCCAAACGCAAAAGCACCCUGGCCGUGGGCAGCGGCAGCCUCAAGGUCAAGUUCCAGACCGGCAGCCGGCUCUUCGACGGCAACCGCGGCGUUGGCGACAACAGUAGCGUCCCGAGGAACGGAGCUGAAGGCGGUGGAGACGUGGCGGGAGGUGUCUUGGGUGUGGGGGCCAGCGGAGGCGUGGGGAACGCCAGCAAGGACAGCAGCGGCAGCGACUACGGGAGCGACGGCGAGGAGGCGGACGGCGAGCGGAAGCAGCAGCAGCCGCCGCGGUGGGCCGUGCCCAGCAGCUCGGCCUCGGAGCGGGAGGAGAGCGCCGUGCGCAAGGCCAGCACCACCGCCAAGUCCACCGAGCGCGCCGCCGUGGCGGCCGUGCCCGACAGCAUACCCAGCGGAGGCAGCCUGGGAGGGGUGGGCAAGAACCGGGAGCUGAAGGACCCGAGGAGCCCCUUCGAUUCCGGGUACCCCUACGCCCCCGCCGGCCCCUUCAACGAGAGUGACCUUAGCAGCUCUAGGACGGAGGGCUCGGAUACCGCCAUGGUGGAGGAGAUGGGCAUUGUGGGGUUCAGUAGCACGGUGAAACCUCCUGGCAACCUGGUGAACUUUAACAGCUUCCCCGUAGAGGUGGAACUACCUGACCAGGACAUGGGAGGAGAGGACAUGCUCGCCCCCAGGCCCCUCACAGACCUGGAGAUCGGCAUGUACGCCCUGCUGGGGGUCUUCUGCCUGGCCAUCCUGGUCUUCCUGGUCAACUGCAUCUCCUACGUGGUGAAGUUCAGACACAAACAGCCCCCCUCUCACGGCCAGGAGCCCACGGGGCACCGGCACGACUGGGUGUGGCUGGGCACGGACGCCGAGCUGGUGAUGAACGUUCCUGGCAGCCCCCUCCAGCAGGACAACCACAGCACCACCACGGUGAUAGACAUUGGGCCUGAAAAGACGUCCACCCUCCCCAGACGGCCCAGCUGCCUGGCCUCCUCCACGGACUCCCCCCUGGGCUGCAGGCACAAGCCCCUGCGCUCCGAGUCCCUCCAUUCCCCCACCAGCAAGAGGAAGAGGGUCCAGUUCACCACCUUCGCGUCUCCGGACCGCCAGCCCUCGCCCCAUCUCUCCCCCAGAGAGAACGGCCACGGCAUCCACUGGGUGGGGAAGGAGGAGAACAGUCUGGAAGCCCAAGUGCCCAUUACAGAGACUGUGGAGCGUUUAUAAUGAGAACUGUUUCACCUCCAGCGUGGCAGUGUGUAUGUGGCUUUGAUCACCUCAAUGCCUUUGUUCAUCCCUCCGCAAAGACGCAUCAGACAAAGACUCAAAGAGCAUCGCACUAUUCACGGCAGCACACAUCGUCAUCUGUGAUUACCCAUCGAUCCUGUCUUCACGUUGCUUUUUCUGUCAAGGCCUUUUUACGUGUAAAUACAUUUCAAAUACUGCGAGAGACUGUGAGAAAUUGUUGGAUCUUGAGAGAACGUUCGUAGACAAUGCAUCACCUAGCCCAGGCUUCAUAAGGUUGACUCAGGCCAGUACUGAUCGUGUUUUUAUAAAAAAUCUCACACAGGAAAUGGUGUUGUUGCAUGUGAAAAAUCAGACUUUUUGCACCCCUUGAAACGUGUCCCCUCACACAAAAACAAACACGCUUUGCUCUAUAAGCAAAAGAUCACAAUGAUUUGUGUUUUCUUCUCUCCCCCCUCCCCCCCCCCCGCUCCACAAAAGCCCAAACAAGAGCAACCUUUUAGGGAGCUUGUCUAUAUGCAAUGUGUAUG